AUGGUGUUCCAUUUUAGGAUAAGCAGUGAGAGUAGUGAGAGCAGCCUAGAUCCCCCAGAGCUGGACUCCUAUGAGCCCGCCUUCACAGACCAUUAUGAAGUUGUGCGGGGCAUCGGGGAAGGGGGCUUCGCCACGGUGAAGCUUGCCCGCCAUCGCCUGACUGGGGCAGAGGUUGCAGUGAAGGCCUUGGCAAAAGUCCUCUGGAACCUCCCCUUCCUAUCUGAGCCAGAUCUGAUGGCGGGCUUGGACCACCCAAACGUGAUCCAGCUCUUCCAGGUCAUCGAGACCAUCAACUAUGUCUAUGUUGUCAUGGAAUAUGCAGGUAGGGGCAACCUACGGAAACUCAUCGCGGAACCUGGUGGCAUGCCGGAGGAGGAGGCCCGCAGGCUGUUCAGGCAGACUGUGCGGGCCGUGCGGUACUGCCACAUCAAGGGCAUCGUGCACCUGGACCUCAAGCCGGAGAACAUGGCGCUGGAUGAGAGCGGCAACGUGAAACUCAUCGACUUUGGCCUGAGCGCCCGGUUCACAGCUGGGCAGAAGCUGAACAGGUUCUGGGGCACUCUCCUCUACUUUGCCCCUGAAAUUGUCCUGGGGGAGGCAUACGAGGGCCCCCCUGCCGACGUCUGGAGCCUGGGUGUCACUCUCUACUUCAUGCUCACGGGGAGACGCCCAUUUAUGGCCAGCACUGCUCAGCAGGCGAAGAAGCUGAUCUUGGAGGGAGCUUAUGACACUCCCCUGAAUGUUUCCGAGGGAGCCCAGAGCCUCAUCCGUGAGAUCCUGACGGUGGACCCCACCCAGAGGCCCACCCUAGAGCAGGUAACGAGGCACCGGUGGCUGAGCCAGGGUGAGGCAGCAUCACCCAGUCCUUCUGUCCAGGUGCUCCCUGAACUCCCAGAUCCCACAAUUAUAGCAACCAUGGUCAACAUGGGCUACGACCCCUAUAACACCUGGAUGUCCCUGGCCAAGAAAAAGUAUGACAAUGCGAUGGCCACGUACCUCCUGCUCAAACACCAGAGAAUCCAGGGGGCGGGCUGCAAGCACCAGGUGAAGUGCAUGAGUCAUGGCGGGGUUGGGCCUCCCCUGGGGCCUGUGGAUCCCCCCUGGGUCCUCCCCAAGAAGCGUUCCAGUGAGCCUGCCCUUCCCUCACCCCGUGAGCAGCUGCACCAGCCUGGGGAGGCCAAGCAGACCCAGCACAAGGGUGGUGGCAGUGCCAGCGUGCCUGCCAUCCAGCUGCACUUCCUCAACAUGGACACACCCCCUCCCAGCCUCACCUCCCAGCCCCACUGUGUGCCCAGCUCACCCAAGCCCUCAUCCUCCCAAGGGACCCCUGAGAUGGGGCAAUCCCACCACCGUGUCAGGGGUUGGAAGAGGCCUGUGGCCCACACUUGGCUUGACAUUCUCCAUCUGAAUCUUGAAGAGACGAUAGAAACAGCCUUUCCUCCCGAGGAAGGCACCAUCCUUCCAGCCAGUGCCAAUGAGGCCGUCUAUUAG